UAAGUCAUGCUGCCUGUGAGUGUGUGUGUGUGUGUGUGUGUGUGUGUGUUUGUGUGGUGAUGUCUAGUGAGCAGGCGCAUGCUGAGGCUGCUGGUGGCAGCAGGCAGCGGCGCAGGAGCAACUCGAGACGAGGCAGUGAGCUGGAGCUGGAGCUGACCCCCAAAGUUUCCCCCAUGUACCCAGAGGAGGGGGGCAUCUCCUCCACUGUCCACUUCCUGGAUGGAGCUUAUGAGUACCACAACCCAGCCUCCGGCGUCGGAUCAUCCCCUGUGGGCUUUUACCCACCGCCUCCGGACCCCCAGCUGCCCCUGGCCGAAGAAACUCUUCAGUCUCUGGCCAGUGGGUCGGCCAGUCCACUGGUGUUUGUGUCCUCCAGCCCCCAGCCACCCACCUAUCUGACUCACGCUGGGGGUCAGCAACAGGUGCCCUACUACCUGGAGCCUUCGGCCAGCUCUGUCUACAGGUCCAACGUAUUAGCCAAUCAGCAGGCAGGAGUACGGGAGGAUCUGUGCAGUGCCACCGACAGGCAGGACAUGUACACUGCAGCAAGAGCCUCAGGAGCGUUUGAGCUGGUGAAGGAGACGCGCUACUGUGCUGUGUGCAGUGACUACGCAUCAGGAUACCACUACGGUGUGUGGUCCUGUGAGGGCUGCAAGGCCUUCUUCAAGAGGAGCAUACAAGGUCACAAUGACUAUGUGUGUCCAGCAACCAACCAGUGUACCAUUGACAGAAACCGCAGGAAGAGCUGCCAGGCCUGCCGUUUACGCAAAUGCUAUGAAGUGGGAAUGAUGAAAGGAGGCCUGCGUAAGGAGCGCGGGGGUCGCAGCUUGAGGCGAGAGAGGAGGCGGGGUGGGGUGGAGAAGCGUGAGCGGACUUACAGUGAGAUACCCGGACGUCCUGAGCUGAGGUCCUCCGCUCUGCAGGACAGCAGGAGGAGCCGCAGUGCGCUCUGCAUGAACCCAGAGCAGGUCUUGCUGCAGCUGCUGGGGGCAGAACCGCCCACGCUCUGCUCCCGCCAGAGACACAGCCGCCCCUACACUGAGGUCACCAUGAUGACCCUGCUAACCAACAUGGCUGACAAGGAGCUCGUCCACAUGAUCGCCUGGGCCAAGAAAGUGCCUGGCUUCCAGGAGCUCUCUCUGCAUGACCAGGUGCAGCUGUUGGAAAGCUCCUGGCUGGAGAUUCUGAUGAUUGGACUCAUCUGGAGGUCUCUUCAUUCUCCAGGAAAACUCAUCUUUGCACAGGACCUCAUUCUUGACAGGAAUGAAGGCGACUGUGUGGAGGGCAUGGCGGAGAUAUUCGACAUGCUUCUGGCUACUGUGGCUCGCUUUCGUGCACUCAAACUCAAGUCUGAGGAGUUUGUCUGUCUCAAAGCCAUCAUACUGCUCAACUCUGGUGCGUUCUCUUGCUGCUCCACGCCUGGGGAACCGCUGAGGGACAGCUACAUGGUGCAGUGCAUGCUGGACAACAUCACUGACGCACUCAUACACUACAUCAGCCAAUCAGGCAUCUCUGUGCAGCUGCAGUGCCGCCGGCAGGCCCAACUCCUGCUGCUGCUCUCCCACAUCAGACACAUGAGCAACAAAGGUAUGGAGCACUUGUACAGCAUGAAGUGCAAGAACAGAUUUCCCCUGUAUGAUCUGCUGCUGGAGAUGCUGGACGCGGCUCGCCUCCGAUCCCCCAGUAAAGUGACCCGGAACUGGAUGCAAAGCGAGAGGGACUCCCCUUCAACCACCUCCACCAGCCGCAGUAGCAGCAGCAGCCUCUCCGCAUGCCCAGGGGUCUUACAGCCAAACCCGGCCCAUCCUGACCAAAGCCUUGAAUGAAGUUCCACAUACUCACAAGAACUUACAGUUCAAUAUAUGUUCAAAAAAUACAAAAAACAGGUUAUGUAAAUGGCACUAAUUAGUGCUGAGUUUGGAGACUGUCCAUUCUGGCUGAAUGUAGAUCAUUCAAGUCUGAACAGGACUGCAGUCAGGUCCUCUUCAUUCUCCUAGAAAACAGACUUCGUCCUUGUUUCAGCUGCCUGGAAAUAUUUGCAUUACUUCCAGCGUGUUUUUUUUUUCUAAAGCCAGCUGGACAAGCAGAACGUAGAAAAGAAGUGUAACCUGCUGUAAGGACUGAAAAACUGUACAGUGGAAAAAUAAUUUACUCUGUAAACAACAGAACAUGCAAUCUGCUUAAAGCUGCAAUGCCUAUGUUCAGACUGCUGGCCCAAAUCUGAUUUUAGGCAUAUCUGGAUUUUAUUUAGAUGGAUUUUUGUUAGUCUGGAUAGCCGGAAACUACAUAAAAUCAGAUCCAAACCACAUUUGGACUGAAAUACGAUUACAAUCCAAUUAAUAUAAAUGAGUCUUAGUCUGGUCGUUCAAAACAUGACAAAAGAGUUCCUCAUUAAAUCCAGAGUGACAGAAAUGCAGGGGUCCAAGAAGAGUGCCAAAUGUUAGUUACUGAUGCCAACCUUAUUACAACAGAUACCCAGGUAGAUAGACUUGUGACUUGUGUUCAGACAUGCAAAUCUAAUCUGAUCACCUGCAAAUAACAGAAUUUAAAAAACAAAUUCGAUUUUCCUGCAGUCUGAACAUAACCAUAGAGAUGAAAAGAGCUUUAAAUGGUUAUUUGAACAAUUAUAUAGAAUAACUACUUUUGGCUGCCUAAAGAACCAUGUUUUACUGGAGAUUUGUGGUGUGUGCAUCACUGUUCUUUAGAUCUUUAAAAGAUUCUUCACACUCACACACGCAUCAAUAUUACAAACAGUCGCUCAAAGAACCCACUGUAGCACCUUUAAUUCUUCAGUUUUUGUGGCUCAGAUAUAGCAAAGGACCAAAUUCUGUCACAUUCUUUAGGACAUUUAUUCCAAACCCUGAUCCUGGAAAAAACUCUGCACCUACUCCCAUAUCUUUUAGUGUGAGCCUCAUUAACAAGGAUCAAACUUGCAAUUUUUAGUGGUUAAUUCAUACUCUCAUUCGUUUUUACCUUUAACAGUUGUGAACACAGUCCUCUCAUUUGAAUGUGGACCAAAAGUAGACCAAGACACUUGAGAGCACAUGUUUUCAAUCCAGUGACCCCAAAUAAAGUCUGGAGUGGUUAGUUGUGGUGAGAAUGUGAACUGACCUUGAUCUGACCCAACUACAAGAUUUACUCCACAAGUUUGAGCUAAAUGUUGUAUAACACAGAAUUAGGGACAAGUCCAGAACACAGGACCUUUUUCUUUUGUAUUUACUUUCUCGCUCUGCCCCCCAAACAGCCCUGACCAAAAAGUGGAGACAACAUUCUCGCAUGGUGUCUUGAGAUGCAUUUUGGUGCACUUGGAUUUUUCCCUGUGUGAAAAUAAACCAAAACGCUCCAGGUUUACAAACGUGUUACUGAUUUAGAGCAGAGCAGAAAAAUGUAGGUGUGAAUGCAGAUUUAGUGUAGGACAGGGAAUCUCCAGGAACAGGGUUGGGAACCUGUGCAUUACUAGACUACAUUACUUUUACAACAGCGUUCAACUUGUAUGAGAUUAAUAGAGGAACAGAUGACAGUUUAAUGACUUUAUAUAUUGACAGUAUGCUACGUUUAUUGCAGUGUCACAGUGCUUCAGUUUUCUGCUUUUCUUCUCAGUGCUGCACUGAUAAUCCAGCCUGUCACAAUAGGGCUACACAUGUGGAACCACACUGCUUGUAAGGUUGCCAUGUACAGUAUUUUUGCUGUUCUGUUAUAUUGUGACAACUAUUGUGGAGGAAUUAAUGCCUUAAACUCAACCACAGCUUCAUUCUGGUCUGAGGACUGAGACACAAAGUGCAUUACUAAUAUUUGCUUUUUGUUCUGCUCAUCAUGUAAAUUCAUUCACAUAACAGUUUUACUGAAUUAGCUUUAAAAAUGAAUGUACUGCCUUUAGCAGCUUCAAGACCUGGUGUUUCAUAAAGUCAGUCUGUGUAUUAAUUUAUGUAUUAAAGAAAAGGGAUUCUGGUGAUGGAAAUGAUUGUUUUUAUGGGACCAUAAAAAAUAAAGUCAGUAAACAAACCAA